AUGGCUUCAUCUCCUGCUGCUUCUCGUGGCCAUGGGCAGGUUCGCGGCAGCCGGUGGCAGCGGGAACCCACCGCCGGGUUCCAGAAGGUGCAGCCUGCCGACGGCGAUUUCCAGGUGCAGAGCCCGUACAACGUGCCGGAGAGCCAGCGGUUCCAAUACCGCAACGGUGUGCGGACGUUCUGGGUGCAUCGAAACGACAAACCCUUCAACACCGCCACGCACACCAACCCGCGCUCUGAAGUCAGGCUUCGGUCGUCGGGGGUGUGGCAGUUCGAGGGCUACGGCUACGGCUACGUGCCUUCGGGGACCUCCGGCGUGUCGGUGAUGCAGAUCCAUAACGAGGAGGACGCCGCGCACUCAACGGUGUUGAUGUUGCACGUUUACGACGGCGUCCUCCGGUUCUACAGUGGGGCGGCCGUCGAGCCCAACAUCUACGACAGGUGGUUCCGCCUCAAUGUGACGCACGACGUCGGUGCAUCCACAGUGACCGUGUAUGUCGACGGCGAGCACAAGUUCGGCACCACCGUCACCCCUAGCGAGUCCUACUACUUCAAGUUUGGGGUCUAUAUGCAGCAUCAUGACCAAUCCAGCUGCAUGGAAUCACGAUGGACCAACGUCACGCUCUAUACUAAGCACUAG